CAUCUGGUGGCGUUCACUUCUCACGUGUCAACCGACGCCUCCGCCACCGCCACCGCCACCGCCCACAUCCGAAGUCAUCUCUGGCCGAUUGAGCUAAGUAUCAAUCCCAUCCAAAUACCCGAAACCCCCAAAUCAUUUCCCCCAUUUAUGCAAUGGAAUAUCAUAAUUUGACGAAUUUGGCUCUCAACCCUCUUCACUGCCUUUAGCAUAGACUCCAAAUUUGUUCUUAUUUUUCAAUUUGCCGAUGGCUACGUUGCUGAAGAAAGUAUGGGAAUCGGUGUCCACCCGCUCCGUAUUGAGCUUGGAGAUGUCGUCUAGUGAUCAUCGGGGAUUUGAUGAGUCGUCGUUGGGUGAAUUCGAUCGGAUUCCGAUGGAUAUUCUGAUGAACAUACUUAAAUUAAGUGGCCCCAAAAGCGCGGCAAAGAUGGGUAUGCUUUGUAAGUCUUGGAGAUCUCUUGUUUCUGAUAAUGGGCUUUGGGUUUUUUUCCUUCAAAACCAGUUGGUGGAGCCUUGGGAUUCUAUUUUGUUUGGAGAAACUAAGUUGGCUUUGGGGUACCCUCUUGAAUCAUUCUCUAGUCAGGUGAUGCCAUUGUCAUUCAUGGAAGUAUAUAGCAAACGGGUUGCGGUACCGGGCUCUGUUAUAAUUGAUGGUGGCUCUGGCUAUUGCAAGUUCGGUUGGAGCAAAUACGAUUGUCCCUCGGGGCGUUCUGCAACAUUUUUGGAAUUUGGGAACAUCGAAUCUCCCUUGUAUUCUCGACUUCGACACUUUUUUGCUACUAUUUACGGCAGGAUGCGAGUUAAAACGUCUCUCCAUCCAGUCGUAGUGUCGGUGCCUCUCUGCCAUUAUGACGAUACCGAAUCUGCCAAAGCUUCAAGACAGCAGCUCAAAGAGGCCAUCCAUUCAGUGUUAUUUGACAUGAACGUCCCUUCUGUUUGUGCCGUUAAUCAGGCAACACUAGCUUUGUAUGCUGCAAGAAGAACGUCGGGAAUUGUUGUUAAUAUCGGGUUCCAGGUUACUUCAAUCGUCCCAAUUUUACAUGGAAAAGUAAUGCGGAAAGUUGGGGUCGAAGUCGUGGGACUUGGAGCUUUAAAGCUUACAGGCCACCUUCGAGAGCUGAUGCAACAGAAUAAUAUACGUUUCGAAUCAAUGUACACCGUUCGAGCAUUGAAAGAGAAUCUGUGUUAUGUUGCUCAAGACUACGAAGCCGAGUUCUCUAAAGAUACUCGAGCAUCCUAUGAAGCUAAUGGGGAAGGUUGGUUUACUCUUUCCAAAGAGCGGUUUCAAACCGGAGAGCUCUUAUUUCGACCGAGUAUGGCAGGAGUGCGAGCAAUGGGGCUGCACGAGGCUGUGGCACUUUGUGUGGACCAUUGCCAUGCUGCAGAACUAACAUGUGAUGAUUCAUGGUUCAAGACUGUGGUUUUGUCGGGCGGCAGUGCUUGUCUUCCAGGACUCGCAGAAAGGUUGCAGAAGGAACUGUAUGGGCUUCUUCCUUCAUCCAUAUCCAAUGGUCUCAGAGUCAUUCCUCCACCAUAUGGUGCAGACACAGCUUGGUUUGGAGCGAGGCUUAUUAGCAAUCUAAGUACCUUCCCCGAUCAUUGGUGCAUUACCAAGAAGCAAUUUCGAAAGUCCAAACUCAACCUCAUCUGGUGAUUACUCUUCAUCUCGGCUUGGUUGUUCGAUAUUGAACGUAGAUGCCAUCAUUCGAGUCUUGAGCUUGCUCGAGAUAUCUCAAAAAUAAAAAAGGUAGCAUCCUUGAAUAUAAAUUACUUCGUCAAUACCUGAAAUAUAUUAUGCUAAUAAAUUAAAUACGAACUAGGAGUAUAAUAAAAUAUCGCUUAGUUUACGUGACGAUACCAAAAGGAUAGCUUCAAAAUAAACAUUAUAUAGACAUUCUUCAUCACUUGUAUCAUUCAUCUUCUUUUUA